CGGGCGAGGCGAGCGAGCGAGGGAGGCCCAGCGGCGCGGCUCCGUCCGCCUCCGCCGCCCCUCGCCUCAGCAGCAGCAGCAGCAGCAGCAGCAGCCCGGCUGGCCGGCCGGCGGGAGGAGAUGCGAUGACAACGUCGGCCCUGCAGAAAGCCAUUGACUUGGUGACGAAGGCUACAGAAGAAGACAAGGCAAAGAACUACGAAGAGGCCCUGCGGCUGUACCAGCAUGCGGUGGAGUACUUUUUGCACGCCAUCAAGUACGAUGCUCACAGUGACAAGGCCAAGGAGAGUAUCAGAGCCAAAUGUGCACAGUAUCUGGACCGGGCCGAGAAGCUGAAGGACUACUUGCGGAACAAGGAGAAGCAGAGCAAGAAGCCUGUCAAAGAAGCCCAGAAUGACAGCAAAGGGAGCGACAGUGACAGCGAGGGAGACAAUCCCGAGAAGAAGAAAUUUCAAGAGCAACUGAUGGGAGCUAUUGUAAUGGAGAAACCCAACGUGCGAUGGAGUGAUGUGGCUGGGCUAGAAGGGGCUAAGGAGGCCCUGAAAGAAGCGGUCAUUUUGCCCAUCAAGUUUCCUCACUUGUUUACAGGUAAGCGCACCCCGUGGCGAGGAAUCCUCCUUUUCGGCCCUCCUGGUACUGGGAAGUCCUACUUGGCCAAGGCUGUAGCUACUGAAGCCAGCAACUCCACCUUUUUCUCCAUCUCCUCCUCAGACUUGGUGUCCAAGUGGCUGGGGGAGAGCGAAAAGCUGGUGAAGAACUUAUUUGAGCUGGCCAGGCAACAUAAACCUUCCAUCAUCUUCAUAGAUGAAGUGGAUUCUUUGUGUGGUUCCCGCAAUGAGAACGAAAGCGAAGCUGCCCGCAGGAUCAAGACGGAAUUUCUUGUGCAGAUGCAGGGUGUGGGGAAUAACAACGAUGGCAUCUUGGUCUUGGGCGCCACCAACAUUCCCUGGGUGCUGGACGCUGCUAUUCGCCGAAGGUUUGAGAAACGCAUUUACAUCCCCCUACCUGAGGAGCCAGCCCGGGCGCAGAUGUUUAAGCUCCACUUGGGGAACACCCCCCACAGCCUUACAGAAUCCAACAUCCACGAACUGGCCCGGAAGACAGAUGGCUACUCGGGUGCCGACAUCAGCAUCAUUGUGCGUGACGCCCUCAUGCAGCCAGUCCGUAAGGUGCAGUCAGCCACGCACUUCAAGAAGGUUUCUGGGCCAUCCCGCACCACUCCUGGUAUCACUGUGGAUGACCUGCUGACCCCGUGUUCCCCUGGAGAUCCUGGUGCUAUUGAAAUGACAUGGAUGGAGGUGCCUAGUGAUAAACUUCUGGAGCCCGUCGUCUGCAUGUCAGACAUGCUGCGUUCUCUGGCCACGACUCGUCCCACCGUUAAUGCAGAGGAUCUCCUGAAGGUGAAGAAAUUCACAGAAGACUUUGGCCAAGAGGGCUGAAGCUUUUUCCAGGGGCAGCAGUCAGGAGGUUGGCGCCAACCUGGUGCGUAGAACGCCUUUUCUGCCGACGGAGGGCGUUGCCAAGCAGAGGAGUGCGCCCUGCUUAGUACUGCACCUGUCUGCACUUUGGGCACCUGUUCAGCUGUGAAGAGGAGGGAGGCGACGUGUGGCGGCUCUUCCCUCUGGGCACCCCCGUUUUCUCUCUUGCUCAGUCUUUUUUUUAAUUUAUGCUGCCUGGUUCUGUUCAUGUAAGUAAAAACAAUCCCAAAGCUC